GUCUCCGGCCACUGUCGCAAGCUGCCCGAAGCUCGAGAGGCCCCGUCCAGCUCCCGGAAGGCUGGAGGGAGGUACCUGGCCAAGCUGUCCUCCGUGGGGAGCAUCUCGGAGGAGGAGACGUGCGAGAAGCUCAAGGGCCUGAUCCAGAGGCAGGUGCAGAUGUGCAAGCGGAACCUUGAGGUAAUGGACUCGGUGCGCCGAGGUGCUCAGCUCGCCAUCGAGGAGUGUCAGUACCAGUUCCGGAACCGGCGCUGGAACUGCUCCACGCUCGACUCCCUGCCUGUCUUCGGCAAGGUGGUGACUCAAGGGACCCGGGAGGCGGCCUUCGUGUACGCCAUCUCUUCAGCAGGUGUGGCCUUCGCGGUGACGCGGGCAUGCAGCAGCGGGGAGUUGGAAAAGUGUGGCUGUGACCGGACGGUACAUGGAGUCAGCCCGCAGGGCUUCCAGUGGUCGGGAUGCUCGGACAACAUCGCCUAUGGCGUGGCCUUCUCCCAGUCCUUCGUGGACGUGCGGGAGAGAAGCAAGGGGGCCUCAUCCAGCCGUGCCCUCAUGAACCUCCACAACAACGAGGCUGGCAGGAAGGCUAUCCUGACACACAUGCGGGUGGAGUGCAAGUGCCACGGGGUGUCGGGCUCCUGUGAGGUAAAGACGUGCUGGCGAGCCGUGCCGCCCUUCCGCCAGGUGGGCCACGCACUCAAAGAGAAGUUCGACGGCGCCACCGAGGUGGAGCCACGCCGCGUGGGCUCCUCCAGGGCGCUGGUGCCGCGCAACGCACAGUUCAAGCCACACACGGAUGAGGACCUGGUGUAUUUGGAGCCCAGCCCGGACUUCUGCGAGCAGGACGUGCGCAGCGGCGUGCUGGGCACGAGGGGCCGCACGUGCAACAAGACGUCCAAGGCCAUCGACGGCUGCGAGCUGCUGUGCUGCGGCCGGGGCUUCCACACGGCCCAGGUGGAGCUGGCCGAGCGCUGCAGCUGCAAAUUCCACUGGUGCUGCUUCGUCAAGUGCCGGCAGUGCCAGCGGCUGGUGGAGCUGCACACGUGCCGGUGACAGGCAGCGUCAGCCCGGCGCCAGCAACCAGCUCGCGGCCCGAGAGAGGCCGGUAAUUUAAACAGCGCCCCCACACCUACCCCAAGGGAUACUGGCUGUACUUUUUGUUUUGGUUUGGUUUUUGGGUCCUCCUGUUAUUUAUUGCUGAAACCAGGCGGGCGGCCCCAAGGGCACCAGCCAGGGCCUCCUCGAAGCCUGGGCCUUUGUGGCCGCCACUGACCAAAGGGAUCUCGCUCGUGCCUCUGGCUGUCCACAUGUGGCCACUGCUGACCACUCGGUUGUUAACUGCAUCUGUUUUUCUACUCACAGACUUCAGCUGGGUAAUGAGGAGCGUUGGUCACAUGCCUACUGACCCUGCCAUGUAGGGAAGGAGGCGGCCCUAUGGCAGGGGGAAAUCAGUGCCAUCUCGAGGGAAGCUGCACCCCUGCACGUACACACCGGCCCCUGGCAGCUUCAGCCUGGUCUCCCAAGCCCCUGGAAAGGGAACGGGCAGAUACCAGCUCAAGGGCAAAGGGUUCGUUUGGCCCUCCAUGGGCGGCCGGAGGUUCAGUCUCUGUGGGACCUUCCAGGCAGGAAGAGCAGGCGAGACAAGGGCAAGGGAAGGUGCUAGUCCCACCCUGGAGCCCAGCCCACCCAGCCCCCCCAGUCAAAGCCGCCACUCCCUGGUCACUCCCAGACAGGAGCACCAGCUGCCAUCUUGGACCAGAGGUCCCAGCCAGGCCUUUGCAGCGACACCUCUUGACGUGUCUCCUCACAGUGCCACUCGUCUGUGAGACGAAGAAUGGACAUCACACAUGCAGAGGAACCCGGCCAGUGGAAAAGCCCUGUCCCACCCAUUAUUUCACUCACUGAACCGAAUUUACUGAGCAAAUACCAUGGUCUGAGCCCUGUACUGGGCCAUCCCAUAGGACGAUCACAACAGUCCUGGGAGGUGCACAAGACAGAGAUGCUUGUGCCCAUUUUACAGCAGAAGGGGGCACUGCUCAGCCAGGUCCCAGAGCACGCUAAUCAGAAGCACAGCCAGAAGAGCCCUCCAGACAAGGUUCCUCCUGGGCGCCUUACCCAAAGGCCCAGGAACUGGAGGUCUCCUUGGGGAGGAAGUGGGGCCAGGAAGUAGCAGAAGCCACAGACCACAGGCUAGACAAGCGGCCACAUGGCUCCAGGGCGCAGAAGAUGGACAGCUAGAAGGCUGGCGAAGUGAGGUGUCCGCAGCUGAGGCGACCCUACCCCCAGGUACCCUGGGCACUGAAGAAGAGCCCCCCAGAGAAAUCACCAGCAGCCUGGGCCUGGCCCUGCGCCCCAGCCAAACCAGCAGGAGCACAGCCCAAACUUCUGUGACCAGGACAUGCACACAGCAAGACUCGGCCUGACCCCACUGCUGCUUCACAGGUGGGCUCCCAACCACCAUAGGAGCUCGCUGUCAGCUCAGUCUCCAAAUUGCCCCCUUAAUGGGGCCCCAGGCUCCUGGUUCGAGAUCUUGAGCUCUGGGAUCCCCAGCUGGAGAUUCUCAGACCCCGAGCUCUUGGUUCCAGGGUUCCAUGUCUGAAUUCAAAGUCCCAGAUUGAGAAUAUGGGUUCCGGCCUGUAGAAGCUCUCCUCCAGGCCUUGUGGUUUGUGCCUCCUGGUGCUGGCUUCCUCACGAAGAAAGGGUCAACACCCUUGGCCCCAAGCCAAACUCUCUGCUCAACGUCCAUCCAAGAAGGCCAAAACCAAGUGAGAUGCUGCAGCCACACUGGAAUGAGGGGUAAUCUUGGGGCCGGCAGGCUCUGAUGUGGAUGAAAGCUGAGCCCACUAAGUGUCCCCACAGCGGCCCAGCUGGACUCACUGCUCCUCUGGCAGGCUCUGUUCAGCUGUCUGCUCAGUGCCAGGGAAAAUGCUAUCCCUCACUGGCAGAGGCCAGACCCAGACAAAGAAAGCAUGGGAGACCCCUCCCCCUCCAGAGACAGGGCAGAGCCACUCUCCCCCACCCCCAAAUCGUGUCCUCAGAGCCGGAGGACUGGAAGGUCCAGGCUGGAUGCUGGUAUUAUGGAUACUGCCCCAGGAAAAAAUGAGAGGGUCUGUGUCCGCUCACAGGCUUCACCUUUCCACCUGCCUGGGGGCUCUCUCAAAGCUGACCACCCUGGGGUUCUGAAGGGUAUGGCCUCUGUAAAGCAGACUAGAAUCUAGGAGCCUCUGCCCAGUCCUACCAUCACCAGCACCCCAAAGGCCAAAGGGACCCACAGCUACAUGAAAAUGGAGCUUCCUUGGAAACACCCAGCUCCCAACUGUCCCAAAUAAAGAGGAGGAACCAGCCCAUGCCUUACGUAGCCCACCCACUCUGGAAGCUGGCCAGAGGUUCUGAGUCCUGCCCGAAACUCUCUCCAUUAGUCUCCACAAGGCAAAGGUGAUGUCCUCUGAGGCCAAGGGCUAGAUAAGCCCCAGCUCUGGAUGCUGCUACCCCUCUGCUGCCCAUACCCCAUCCUCUAAUUUUUAUACUAGGCCCCUUGCCAUUGUGACACCCCCAUGAAAUAGUCUGAUGCACGAUAAAAUGAUUAUUUCUUUAUCUUGUAA